ACCAGCAAUUCUGAGAGCAAGAAACAUGAAGCUCCCUGUUUUCGUAGUAGAUGCCUUUACAGCAAAAGCAUUUCAUGGAAAUCCUGCUGCUGUUUGCCUCCUAGAAAAUAAAUUGGAUGAAGACAUACAUCAAAAAAUUGCAAGAGAAAUGAACCUCUCUGAAACGGCUUUUAUCCGAAAACUGCACCCAACUGACAACUUUACACAAAGUUCCUGCUUUGGAUUAAGGUGGUUCACGCCGGCGAAUGAGGUUCCUCUCUGCGGCCACGCUACCCUGGCUUCCGCAGCUGUGUUGUUUGACAAAAUAAAAAAUGUGAACAGCACUCUAACCUUUGUCACUCUGAGUGGGGAACUGAAGGCCAGAAGAGCAGAGGAUGGUAUUAUCCUGGACCUACCUCUUUAUCCUGCACACCCCCAGGAUUUCCAUGAAGUGGAGGACUUGAUAAAGACUGCCAUAGGUGACACCCAGGUCCAAGACGUGCGCUAUUCUCCAGAUACCCGAAAACUCCUUGUCCGGCUCAGUGAUACUUAUAAGAGGUCAUUCCUGGAGAACCUGAAGGUGAACACACAGGAUCUGCCACAGGUGGAAAACACAGGGAAGGUGAAAGGGCUCAUUCUCACCCUUAAAGGAGAGCCUGGAGGGCAGACCCCAGCGUUUGACUUUUACUCCAGAUACUUUGCGCCGUGGGUUGGUGUGUCUGAAGACCCCGUAACAGGGUCUGCACAUGCUGUUCUCAGCAGCUACUGGUCCCAGCAACUGGGGAAGAAAGACAUGCAUGCCUUUCAGUGUUCCCGCAGAGGAGGAGAACUGGAGAUUUCACUGCAUCCUGAUGGACGGGUUGACAUUAGGGGUGGCACUGCUGUUGUUUUGGAGGGCACGCUAACAGCCUAGAGGUGGUUGUGGUUCGAUGCUAAGAUUUUGAAUAAGUAUUUUCUGUAUAAAAAGAAAUGUAAGCAGCCUUUACCAAACUUGCAUAGCAGCUCAGUUCAUCCUCAUGUUAGAAAUAGGAAAAUGAAGACAUAUUAAUGGAAAUUUCAUCAUGCUUCCUGACUAAUUAAUUAAUGGAGUUUUGGCUCUGCCCGUGGGUGUAUUUGAAAUAGAAGUAACCAAUAACAAAGAACAAUGUUGCCGCCUUUGAUUCUGACUACCAAUCACAGAAUGAGGGGCACAUUUAUGAGGAGUAAGAUCAAACCAUUUAAACUUAGGUGUGAGUAUCUGAUAGACUAUUUCGUAGCCAUUAAAAAGACCCAGUAACUAUGUGGAAAUACUGAAAAAUAUCUCAUGACAUAAUACUAAGAAAGGGAAUUACAGCGGACUACAGAAUGUUAGCAAUGUUCUGUUAUGCCUGUGGACAAUAUGAAUGUAUAUGGAUAAAGACAGGUCAUGAAGAGAAAAAGGUGACAGCUGUUCAUAUGUGUGUGGGGGUAAGAUUGGGAGUCAUUUUAAUGCACCUGAAAAAGUAUUUCCCUUAUUGGAACACACUCAUGUUCAAUAACUAAAAACCAGGAUAUAUAACAGAAUACAAAACACCCAGAAAUUUCAAAAAAUGUAUGUGUAUUUAGUGUGAUAAUAAAACUAAACACUAAAAGCAAUAUAAUAUCUUUAUCUUGAUGUAUAGCUUUAGAGUGGUAACUUAAAAGGCAUUCUCUUACCUUAAUAAAAUUGGUUCUA